AUGGCGCUCCGCACGCAUAGCACCCGCAUCACCAACCAGGACCGCCACCGCUUCUCCUUGACCAAGGCUCUUCGCAAGAACUCCCAUCCACUCCCAUCGGAGCCGGCCACUGAUGACAUCCCUAACCCAGCCGCCGCCCUCGCUGUCACUGCUGCUGCUGACUUCGCAUUUGCAAACUCUACUACACUCUACGUGACAUACACCGCUGAGCUCCGUUCUGACGAAGAUCUGUAUAUGUUUAGUAUCGAUAAGUGUUACACCACACCCGAACAAGCCAACUCGCGCGUGAAAUUACUGGGAGAGAGCAAUUUCAGCCUGAGGCGGUAUCGGAGCGAGAAGAUGAGCACGAUGCUGGCGGAUGUCGAGCAAGGCGAUGUCCAUGCUAAGGUGGAUGAUCUGAAGAUGGUGACGUGGAAACGUAUUGGGCCGGGCAAUAAGCCGCGCUUUAUGGCGUCGACGAAGAAGAUUGUGAUGGCGGGCCGGAUCCCUUGCACUGGUGAUGAGGAUUUGCCGGUGGAAGACGGUGGGCCAAAUGAUGUUUCGAGCCUGUUUGUUGCUUUCUCGCACCUUGAGAUGCCUGGUCAUGUGUGGGUUGUGGCGAUGUAUCUGCCGAAAUGGAUUUGGGAUGAGCUUGCGGAGCUUGCGAGGACUCCUGGGUUGGACACCAACAGGCCUGCAAGCGACGCUCAGGGCAUUUCGCUACAAGAAGUCAUGAACGACCUCAAUGCCAACGACGACAAAGUUCGGCCAAAAAUCACCUGGAGAAUUGUCUCCGUCCGUCGUACAAGCUUCGUCGCUGGUGUUCGGGCCAAACAGAUCUGGAAGCAGCUUUUCCACGCCGUGGUGGGUCGCAGCACCAAAGAUCACGAGCACUACGGCUUCGCACGCUUCGCUCUGAAACCCGCUUACGGGCCAUCGGGCAACAAGAUCGAGUACACAGGCUGUGAUGUCGGGCCACAGAUUCGUAUCGAGCGGGUCAAGGUGACUGCUAUUACUGAUAAGCCGGAGUACUACGUCCCGCCACCCCUGAAGAUGCAAUUGAGAGCGAAAGUCAAGGGUAAUGCUGAGCUGCAGAAGGCAAGUGCUGAUCUGAGGAAGGGCAUCAAGGGUUCUGAGGAAGGUAAAACGGACAAGAUUCUCGUUGCGCCACCGCUCAAGUGCGUCAAUGGCCAGGUCAUCAGUACGGCUCAGGGCAAACGCACUUCUUACAUUGAGAACCUUCAGGACUCCAUCGACGAGGCUCUGCAGCCUUCGUUCAGCUACCAGGACAUCCCGUUAUCCUUCAAGCUCAAACAACGUAAUCUCGAGCGCUGGGGCGAGCUGGAAGACCAGCGUUUCGGUGGGUCCGUCAACCUCGAGGAGCAGGAGGAGAAGUUCGUGGAGAAGGAUAUUUAUCAUGGCUUCAUGCACAGUAAUCAUGGUAAUGGUAGUCAGAACGGCAAGAGACCCGCGAAGUUGAGGAGUAAAGCGUACAAUAAAGCGCAAUUGCGGAUGCAGAAUGCGGUCGAGGAGCAGGGUUUUCUGACUGAUAUGGGUGCGAGUGCGAUGGCGAGGGGGGAGUUGGUCACGACGAUUGAGGGUGGGGAUGGGAGGAAGAGUGUUAGUCGGGCGGGUGGGAGGGAGGGUUUGGCGGGUGAGGUUUUGAGGCCAGGGGGCUCGGUGCGUAGGAAGGAUGGGCGGCAGCCGAAGACUGGGAGUUUGAGGCGUGAGGGUUGGGGCUCGCACCCGCCGGAGAGGAGGAAGAAGAGGGUUUCUUUUGCUGGAUUGUGA